GCCCCCCCCCCCUGUUUAAAAAGCAAAAAAAAAAAGAAAGAAAAAUAAAAGAAAGAAAGGAAAAGAAAAAAUUGAUCGCCAAAAAGUGCCUCAGGUUGUUUUCGGGCGUCUAGAACACGAAAGUUUCUCGGAAGCAUUCCCCCCGACAACAAGGGUUGUGGUAUAUCGAUUGGCCCCACUUUCGGCCCUCCUUUCCUCCUUCUUCGGACAUUUCUGGAUCCGCCCCUGCAGUUUGUACUUGCCUAUUCAUUGACUAUCCAUAAUAAUUUUAAUCAGUUUUAACUUGAAGUUGUAGCAAUAGGGCUCUGUGUCAGAAGCACAACUUAUCUCAUAGUCAUAACUUAACGUCAAUAAAAUGGCAAUUAAAUGCAAAUACUUCAAUGAAAGAGAUACGGUUGCUCUGCAUGCACCACUUGACUUUGCACAGUGUACUGUGCGCAACUUGUUUUCUUGCUACCACUUGACUUGUGCACAUGGUGCAACUCAUUGUUUGUCCUGGCGAUUUCAGAAAAAAAAUUAAAUGAUCAUACAAUUUCCAAAGCCACUGACAAAUUUUUAAAAUUGUUAUUUUAAUUUAUUGCAAGUCCUGAAUAAUCGCCCAAGGCAAUGAACCUUUCCGCUAAGCUUCGUCUAUUGGAUAUUGUUGCUAAGGCUUAAACGUACGUAAACACGUACGUGUGUGUGACAAGCAUGUUAUCUUAGCUAUGAUCUAUUCAGUUUAAUUGUUAAGUAUUUGCCAUUCUAUUGCGAGAAUUUGACUAUCAUUGACUGAUGAUAGUUAUCAAAGUCAUGGUUUAUCUUUCAUUGCCAGAGAGAGAGAGAGAGAGGGAAAUAGGCCUAGUUGGACUUUCCAAUGUUUGAUUAACUCAUAAUAUAUCAAAAAGAAUGAUGAUAAUACCGGAAGUCAUUGAACUCAAAGAUAAGAUUUGGCCAAUCUCAUUGGCUGAGUGAAGGGUAGACCGAGUUUUUUUAAUUUUUUUUUAAUGAAUUAUUGCUCAUAGGCUCUUUGAAUUCAUAUUCAAAUCAGCUAGCUGUAUUUCACCGAAACUGAUAAUGGGGUUGAUAGUAACACCCCCUAAUUAAAUAAUGUUGACGAUUAGUUUCAUAUGAGAAUAUUAUACAGAACGAACUAGGCUUACUGUACUAACGUCUUCACUGUGUAGCAAUGCCUCAUCUUAACGGAUUUUUUUAACGUCGAUCGAGCAUCGCUGCUUUUACUGAAAUGUAUCUUGCUCAAUAAAACGAUUACCAAAGAAAUCGUAUUCCAAACCGUAUUUCUAUAUUGCUUACUGAUAUGACUUGAUGACUAGUGCGAUGUAAAACUAUCCUGCGAAUGUUAUGUUCCUGUUUUCGUGCCUGUAUCUUGCGCAUACCAUUAUUACGCCAUGAGGUCUAAGACGCAAGGGCACAUGAAAUAAUUUGCAAACGUAUAUACUAGACAUUAGGGCAUUUGUUAAUCUUUAGAAAGUGUUUUGUAUCUAUAAUCAAAAUGAGGAACAAACAUAGGACUAAGAGGGCCUUUACAGUGGGGAUUAUACUUGUUACUUGUGUAUUUGUUUUCAUGGGACUUUUCACAGUCGUUAGAGAUAACAACAACCCAACAGACGCAACUGCGAAUACUGAUAUUGGUGCUGCGACAGCAUUAGUGGACCAUCCAAGACAAAUAAGGGCAGUGCGGAGUGAUAAUGCAGAGAAUAUAACUAGCAUCUCACUUGAUCUCUCAAAACCACUUCCAGCUUCUAUUAAGAUUGGAGCUACAACGUACACCUUUUCAGCCAUAGAUACGACAGGAAAUGUUCCAACUUGCGCAUAUACAAUAUCAAUUCCGCCAGCAACUACAAAAGAACAGCAAACAAGGGGAAUGACUGCUGGGUCAACUAAGUUGUCUACGGCAGGUAUAUCUACUAAAGGUUUUGCAAGAACUAAAGAACAUGCAACAACAAUACAUGAAACUACAGUUGAUGCAACAUCUACAAAUACUAAAGGAAUUACAAGAACUGACCAACAGGCUACAAUAAUAAAAGAAAUAACGGUAGAUGACGUAACGACAGAUACUCAGUUAUUAACGUUGGUUGAUGUAAUAACUGACGGGUAUACAGCUGGUUUGUCGACUGAAGGUUUUGCCACAACUGAACAUCAAGCAACAUCAAGACGUGAAACAACAGUAGAUAACAUAACAACUGAUACUCAAUUGUCAACAUUAAAUAACGUAACAACUGUAAGGGCUACAACUGUAGAUAUCUCCACUACUGAACACCAAACAAAAAUACGUGAAACAACAUUAGAUGACAUAACAAUUGAUGUUCAAUUUUCAACGUUGGAUGAAGUAACAACUUUAGGGUCUACAACUAGUAUGUCUACUGAAGGUCUCGCCACAACUGAACAACGUACAACAACAAUAGCUGAAAGUACAGCAGAUGACAUAACAACUGAUGUUCAGUUAUCAACGUUGAUUGAUGUAACUACUGUGUCAUCUACAACUGGUAUGUCUACUGAAGGUAUCACUACAACUAAACAAGAAACUACAAUAAUACCUGAAACUACAGUAAAUGACAUAACAACUGAUGUUCAUUUAUCAACGUUGAUUGAUGUAAUUACUGUGCCAUCUACAAAGAGUAUAUCUACUGAAGGUGUCACUACAACUGAAAAGCAUGCAACAACAAUACGUGGAACAACAUUAGAUGAUGCAACAACUGAUGCUCAAUUAUCAACGUUGGUUGACAUUAUAACUGUAAGGUCUAUAACUACUGACGGUAUCUCCACAGCUAAACAACAAGCAACAACGUUAUUUAAAACAACAUUAGAUGACAUAACAAGUGAUGUUCAGUUAUCAACGUUGGAUGAAGUAACAACCGUAAGGGCUACAACUGGUAUGUCUACUGAAGGUAUCACCGCAACUGAACAAGAAACUACAAUAAUACAUGAAACUACAGAAAAUGACAUAACAACUGAUGUUCAGUUAUCAACGUUGAUUGAUGUAAUUACUGUGCCAUCUACAACUGGUAUAUCUACUGAAGGUGUCACUACAACUGAAAAGCAUGCAACAACAAUACGUGAAACAACAUUAGAUGACAUAACAAGUGAUGUUCAGUUAUCAACGUUGGAUGAAGUAACAACUGUAGGGGCUACAACUGAGUAUAUCCUGUCUCUUAUACACAUCUAG